GCCGUUGUAUGCAAGCUGGCAGAUGAACAACAAUACAAGGAUCAUGAAGAUGUGCUUCUUCCAGUUCCAUCAAUACACUAUUCUUGCCAUUGAUAAUUCUUGUUUCCAACCACAAUUUUUGAUUUAGGAGUGAGAACAAGACAAUAUGACUGGAGCUGAGUUGCAGCCGAUUCUUGAGGGGAAUCACACUGUAGCAGAGGACGCGCCGUCAAGGGAUCCAUCAAAAGAUCCUUCAAUACAGUUAUGAAAAUAAGAGGACGAUCAUUGUUUUUGGUGUAGAGAAUGAACGAAAGUUGAGUAUCUGUCAACAAGAAUUUCUAGAUGAUUCUCUGUCACCAAGACUUGUCUAAUAAGAACGCAGCCUCAGCCGCACGGUCAAGUACAAGGGUCGUCAGGACCGUUGGAAGUGGACUCGCCACCAUCUCCGUUGGCAAAUUUAGAAGGCCCUUUUUCCUCUUCGCCUAGCGUUCCCCGACUGCUGUUACCCCCGAUAAGCAGCGCUGUUUCGAACUCGUCGUUUCCAUCCUCCUCUGAUGCUACGGAUUCGAAUGGUACUAGUUGCUUGGCGCAGUUGCUUGAUAAGAAUCCGACCCGUUAUCUUGCGAAAGCUAUCGUGUCUGGGAAAUUUCCGGUAGAAGAGUUCUUUUCCAACCACCCGGUGCCUCCGAGCGAUGAAGUGAUGCAAGAAGAAGACACUCUCGGGCUAGCCGAGCAAUACAGUGUGUAUUUGGAACAGAGCAGUUCGAGUAAUUACAACCCUGAUUCGGCGAGGACAAAUCCCAUAACAAGAACGAUAACGGCGGAAGGCGAAGCUGCACAGCCACAGGACAAUAAUUUGAACAUCAUUGAGGAAGGCCGCGGUGAAGACGACGAGCAGCAGCAAUCUCCUUGUAGUCCUGCUUCUAGCCGCGUUUUUGAAAAAGACGGACUGAUCAGUAGCACAGAGUUUAUUGCGAAAGUCCUGUUGCUGGAUGAACAGGAGAGCCAGAAUCAGAAGGAUAUUAAGCAUUCUGGUUCACCUCAGCAACCAGAAAGGGAAAAGUUGGUGCAAAGGUAUUUGAACCACGUCGCAGAGCAGCAGAGGCAAAUCGACAACCGACUGAACGCUGCGAUUGGCCGUGUUUCGACUGAAGCAGCUGCAGAGUCACGCCUGAAGCUUCGAGAAGAUCGAUUUGUCGAUCGCACACAAACGAUCACAGGGUAUUUGGACGCAGCGGUGGCGAGGCAGUUGCAGGCUGUGGACGCCGAAGCGGGGUCCAGGAAAAAAGCGAUUUUGGACAGGAUUGAACAACUGAAGCGGG